AUGAUGAUCCGGCCGACGAUGGUUGCCACGCAGAAUCGGUGCAUAGAUUCGCCAGUCUGGGGGCGCACCUACUCGCCUGUAGACUUCCCAGUGCCUAACCAAAGCCAAGCAGCAUCAGCGGGCUUACCGACCGGUGCUAAUGGGUUUAUGCGGCUUAGACCAAGCAACUCAAUGCCAUGUGGGCUGCCCUGGUACGAGUUUAAGCAGGAGCCGCCGCCUCACUCCACGCCUCAACACGCGAGCCCAGAGGUCCUUCCUGCUUAUAUUCAGGAUAGCUCUACACGAAUGUGGAAGAGCGCGGGUAGCUUCUCCUCUCGACCUGGAGGAGCUCCGUGUUCGUAUGGUGGAUACACUUCAUCCCGAUCAAGCCUAGUUUCAUACGUUCCCCCCAAAGACGUUAGGAGAGCUUGCCGUGCCCAGAUUGUCAAGCAGACGUCUCUACCAGAAAAACCACCAAUCAUUUCUCAGAAUUAUAAUCUCAGCGGCUUCUCGGCAGCUUCAGAAGCAACAGGGCCUGAUAAAGUCACCGGUCCUCCCGUUCGACGUGUUGAAGCCCCGGUGUUAUUCAGUUCCUUUUUCGACAGAAUGCAACUUGGCCACAUAGUUGCUGCUAAGGACAAGAUAUUGAAGAAGGUCAAGAAUCGUGAUGUUGAAGGGACUGCUAUGUCUGAAGCCUCAUUCGAGACCAGCAUGUCUGACGAUGGGCGCAGCACGAGAGACCAAGCGAUGCAGUUCAUGGGAGCAGUUGACCUUCGCAGUUUGUAUAACAGAUACCAAAAGAGUGAGGAAAUUCGAGCAUCUAUGAGCGAUAGAGAAACGUCCGCAUCCCAAGGCACAGCCGAACCAUCCCCUCCCGCUUCUGAUUCAGAGAUUGAGACCUAUGUCCCCAGAGAGAAAGUUUUCCGGACUGAGGCAGCUGCCAGGCUGGCUGGUUCACCAGCACCAGGUAAGAUGCCUUCCCAUGUUGGUACUACUGUCGGAAUGCGCGUUGUGAGCGCGUGGCCAAGACCUGCUGAACAGCGGCACUCAGCGAGGCGUCAGAUGGAUGCAAGGUCAGUAACGCAGCCAAGGCAGUCAUCUUCAAGUCGUCGAGUCUGCAGGAUCACCUAUCGACGUCGGGACGACGCAAAAAGCCCUCCUCCUGAACUUCCCCGUCACGCACUCAACAAAGUUGCAGUGGAGGGGUCGUAUACUCACAUGAUCCCUGUUUCCGGGAACGGCAACAUGAAGGGACUGGUCUCAUGCACGCCAUAUUCCUGGGGUUCCAACAGUCGCCAUCCACACGAGGCAUCCGCUCGCGUCGUUGAGUCCAUGGGCUACCGCUACUUUGUGUUCAACAUUCCAGAGAAUGAGAUGAUUAACAGUGCCGACUUCACUCUAAAAUCGUGCAUCAGCCAAGGCAGCUUUGGCACAGUGUACAAGGCCGUCUGGAAGGGUGAAGUUGUGGCUAUAAAACAAGCCCACGGCAAAAUGACAUUGGAAGCAAUGAGAUCGGUUGCAAGGGAGAUCAAUUCCUACCGCAUGAUUCAACACCCCUUCAUUGUCCGUUACUACGGUGUCUGUAUUGAUCAGAACUUUGUGGGUCUAGUGACUGAAUAUCUAGAUGGGGGGAACAUUUUCGAUAUUUUGUAUGAGAACAAAGCAAAUAUUCCUGCGGAUAUUCGACUCAGAAUGUGUAGGCAACUUAUAGAGGCGGUUCACUUCCUGCAUACGGAGAAGCGCCUUGUCCACAGAGAUCUGAAGACAGCUAAUCUUGUUGUUGAUAGGGAGUACAAUAUUCGGCUCUGCGAUUUCGGCAAGACAAGAUCAUUGGAGCAACACGGGAAGCUCAAGCUGGAAGACAACGGAGGGUCUCCCCGCUACAUGGCUCCUGAAUGUUUUGUGGAAGGCAAUUACGUGGACGAGAAGCUGGAUAUUUGGGGACUGGCAUGCUGCCUCAUUGAAAUCCUUGGAGGCCCGAUUCCUUUCGAGGACAUCCACUCCAACGAAGGGGUCAUACACGCGCUUCUCUACAACCGCAGGAAACCAACUGUUCCAGGUUGGUUCCAUCCGCUUGCACGUUCAACACUGGACAACUGUUUUGCAUGGAAUCCAUGUGAGCGUCCCGAUACUCUAUAUAUCAAAGAUGUGUUCUCCAAAUUGACGCCCGGAGAACUCGAUAAGUAUGGUAUGAACCUUAAAAGGUCAUUGUGUUGA